GGAGAGAGGGUGAGAGAGGGAGGCAGGACCACCAACCCGCUGAGGACAAACUUGCAAGAAGCGGAGCAUGCAGAAAAAGCUCCGCCAAACAACAGUGCAGCUGCUCGGCGGCUUGUGAAGCUACACACGGCAGCGCGGAGCUGGUUGCGGAUUACACCAUGAUUGCCACAACUCAACAAAACAUGACCACGGAACUGGACCUGGGGAGUUCAGACGGUCCGCCGAGGAACUGGAAGGGCAUCGGGAUCGCCAUGGUGGUGAUCCUGGCCGUCAUGUCCCUGGUCAUCCUCUCCGUCGUCAUCCUCACGCCCGACGAGUCUCACUUGUUACUCCGCUCCCAUGUGACCAUGGAGGAUCUGGAGAGUGAAGAGUUUAAAGUUCACGAUCCCUGUGCGGUGUGGUUGAACGAGAACGAAGUGGCGCUGCGCACCAGAGAGGGACAUGUCCUGACAUUCACCCUCAGCAACAACCUAACCACAACACUGCUGGACAACAGCUCUUUGGACCUGACCUCAUCUAAAUUCCAGGUGUCUGCAGACAAGAGGUUUGUCCUCUUGGCGUAUAACAUUCGACCGGUGUUUUCUCAGUCCUUCACAGCCUCCUAUGCUAUCUACGGUGUGGCUAAUGGGGAUCUGCUGGAGCUCAGCCCUCCCGAAAGGGAGACAACAGAGUUGCAGUACGCUUCUUGGGGACCCCAGGGUAAUCAGCUGGCCUUUGUGUUCGACGGAGACAUCUACUAUAAACCCACCGUGACGAGCGACUCGCUGCGUCUCACGUCCACUGACGAGGACCAGAAGGUGCUAAACGGACUCUCUGACUGGACCUACGAAGAGGAGGUGCUUCUGACAUAUGCUGCCCACUGGUGGUCUAUGGACGGUGCCCGGCUUGCAUAUCUCCGCAUCAACAACUCCGUGACACCUGUCAUGGAAAUACCUCACUUCCUGGGAGGCCUCUACCCUUCCAAUAUGAUUUUUCCGUACCCAAAGGCUGGUUCCAGUAUCCCAUCAGUCAGUCUGUUUGUAGUGAACCUUUACGGCCCAGCUCACACUCUGGAGAUGCUGCCUCCCGACUCCCUGAGGUCCAGGGAAAACUACAUCUCCAUGGUGAGCUGGAUCAGCAGCACCCGGCUCGCGGUUCGCUGGCUGAACCGUGCCCAGAACCAAUCAGUGCUCUGCGUGUGCGAGGCCACCACUGGGGCAUGCUCAGAGAAACAUAAAAUGGCCAUGGACAUGAUGCAGAACCAGCGACAGGACUUGCCUUUGUUUUCGUCAGACGGCUCGAUGUUUUAUACAAUACUUCCAGCAAAGCAAGGCGCUCGUGGAGAGUUUCACCACAUUGCUGGUCUGACGGUUCAGCCUGCCAUCCCCUCUGUGCCCCCUCGCUUCUUGACAUCGGGGAGCUGGGAUGUCACCUUGCUCUGCGCCUUAGACGAGAAGGCUGGAAAGAUCUACUUCCUGAGCACAGAAGAAUCGAGAGAGAGCAGACACCUUUACAGUGUGGAUUUGAAUGGAGCGUUUCAGCGUCAUUGCAUCUCCUGUGGCCUCAUUGACGGAUGUGGAUUCUUCAAAGCCGUUUUCAGCCCAAAUCGAACCCACUUUGUCCUCUACUGCCUGGGCCCAGGAAUCCCUAAAGUGACGGUUCAUAGUAUGAAGGACCCCGCCAGUUAUGUCAUCUUGGAGGAUAACAACCUGCUGUCUGCAGCUCUGGAGGACAAGAGGCUCCCUGAGAGUCUGUUCAGGACAGUCCAAGCAGACAACCAUGAUCUGCACCUGAAGCUGACUCUGCCUCAGGGCUACGAGGCCAACCUGCUCCCGCUCCUCAUUAUUGUUGACGGCACGCCUGGCAGCCAGACUGUGACGGAGGAGUUUUCCCUCGGCUGGCCUCAGGUCCUCUGCAGCACGCACGGCGUGGCUUUGGCCUGGGUGGACGGACGCAGCGGCGUCGGCCGUGGGCAGAAGGCCGUCGCCGUCGACCCCCGGAAACUCGGCUCACUGAGAGUCAAAGACUAUCUUGGAGUUGUAGAGUUGUUAAUGCAGCUUCCUUACGUUGAUGAUCGGAGGAUAGCCCUCUUUGGAAAGGCACUUGGAGGUUAUUUAGCGCUCAAAAUGUUAGCUGCAACCGACAACCUCUUUCAAUGCACUGCAGCUGUAGCACCCAUAACGGAUUUCAGGCUUUACAGUGCAGCUUUUUCUGAAAGGUAUCUUGGAUUUCCAGCAAAGGAGGAGCAUGCUUAUACGACUGCAUCUGUCCUUGAAGAAGUCAACAAACUAAAAGAGGAGAACUUCCUCAUUGUGCACGGAACUGCAGAUGCGAGGGUCCACUUCCAGCACAGUGCUGAGCUACUAAGCCGCCUGGUGAAGGUGGAGGCCAACUACUCCCUGCAGCUGUACCCAGACGAGGGCCACGUCCUGAGAGAGCCCCGCAGUGUCAGACAUUUCCAGCGGACUGUGGUGAACUACCUCCAAAACUGCCUGAAACACAGCGCCCUUCUAGAUGCCCCAGAGGAAGAAGAAGAGGAAGAAGACUGAGCCCAGAGGCCUUCGUCUCUUCCUCCAGAAGGACUCAUGAUGAGGCCUGGAUGCACCGGUUAUGCAUUUCAUUGGGUCAGGUCACCAGGAAUUAGAGCAGAGGAGUGGGGACCAAAAGCAUCAGAUCACCUCCUGUAACUUCUGGAAAAAAUUGUUGUACUGUACGACAUGAUGUUGUAACUAACACAAUUAGUUCAGCCGUUUUGUUGUAUGUUUUGAGGAAGAGAGUUUACAAAAUUCACCUGAGACGAUGUGGAGGAGACUGCCACUGACUCAAAACGUUUACAAAGAUUAGAAAGCAUGCAUGUCAUAAUGGCUGCAUGAUGCUGAUUAUUGUAUUUUGAGCCUUUUUUUUUCAAAGAUUUUUGAUUUUGUCUUUAAAAUUUAGAAAUGGGGUCUCUAUGUAGGUCAGGUUUUGAGGUCUGCUGUGCUUCAACUUUUAGAUGCAUUCUUGCUUUGGCAAUCCUCAAUCAAAUGGUUAAAGGAGACCUUUUAUGCAAAAUUCACUUGUUGCACGUUUUGGACUUUUAUCUGGGUUUCUAAAACAGCUAAAAAAAAACAUCCAAACGUUUUACGGCAAUAAGCUAAUGUUUUUUUGGUGUCUGGAAAACAAGAGCUGUGUCCGAAUUCAGGGUCUGGAUCCUUCGAAGGACGGAUUUGUAGCCCGAUUACGUCAUAGUGUGGCGACAAGGCCUGUCCGAAUUCGAAGACUCCUUCACAUGCUGCCUUCUUUCCCCCAGAUCUGAACGAUGGGUCCGGUGUAUCCUUCACGGCCCACCAUAUCCCAUAAUUCAUACCAGUUUUAUGUAACUGUAAUGGCUUAUUCAAAGAUUUGGGAAGUAUUAUAUUUGAAAAUGAAUAAUUAUUUUAUGUUUAUUCCUGGUAGAAAUAUGCAACACAUGUUUGAACAUUUUAGUGUCAAACAAACAGAUUUCUUUUUUACUAUGAAAGGUGAAGAAUAAUACAUAAAUAAGGAGUAAUACAUGACUAAAAAACAAACUUCAGAUCCGAAGAUUUUUUUUUUCGCCGCUCUCUGCUUCACGCUGUCAUGGUUGCUAGGCAACCUGAGUUACACUGAGGUGGGGUCGGGGACAGUUGGUGAAGGCUAGACCUGUCCGAAUUCACAGCCUUCCUCUUCCGGUCUCAGUUUAUUCAUGGCCUUGGAAGGAUACAGACCUUGAAUUCGGACACAGCUAAGGUGUUUCAAAAACCUUAUGAUUAUGACAUCACAGUUGAUGGGUACUGCCCUGUUACUUAGCAACAAAAGGGGAUCUCCACCCACUUCGUUAUUAGACAAUGAAAACCUCCGGUCAGCUGGUUUUACUCCUGUAUGUUCUGUGCAAUGGCUGCUGGAAAAGACAAGUUUUAUUGUUGAAAAUUGCACAUUUGUUUGUUGCUAUUUUCACUUGCAUAAGGUCCAAGUCUAAUUAUUGGGGGUGUGGCCAGCAGCAGUUAAUUUGCAUAAAAGUGACAGAGCCAUGAAACAGCACAUUUAGCAAGGAGUUCAAAAUAGGCAGGACUGAGCAGAUGAAAUCUCACUAUCUCAGAAUAAAUCUCACUAUCUCAGAAUAAUUUUGUGCAAAAAAUGUAAGGAACAUUUUUUUUGCACAAAUGAGCUAUCUUACUUUGAAAGGAAGCAGAAUAAGUCCCCUUUAAAUUACCUCCUGGCUGUGAAAUCAAGUUCUGCAGAGGCCCAGUAGUGAGUCUCAGUACUGGAACUUGUAUGCAUCUAAAAGUUGCCACUCAAUAACUCUAGAAGAGUUGGCUUAGAGUGUGCCAAACCUGCUGAGUGAGUACUGUUGAAAGUAUAAACUGACUGCAUAAAAGAAACAUCCUAACACAAAACUAAAUAUUUGGGAUGGUUACUAGAUAAAUGAUUGUAAAUCCAAAACUUUAGAAAAAGCGUAAUUGGUUCUUAGGUGCUAGCCUGCUGAUAGUCAGGAAGGAAGCUGGUCUGUUCAUAACCUGCAUGAUCUCAGAUUACAGUCUGAGUUAUGGUUGCAUCCCUAUGGAUUAGAUUGUCAUCAAAAAGUAAAGAAUGUCAGAGUAUCAUGCAAAAGUAAAGUUAUUUCAGUGAUUCAAUUCAAAAAGUGAAACUCUCAGGUUUACUGCAGACUCUGGACUUCAUUAAACAUUGUGGACUAAAACCAUGACUCACACCAGUCAUUCUUUUUCUAGAACAGUUUUUUCUUCCACUCAAUUUUCCAAUUAUAUGCUUGGAUACAAUACUGUGAACAGCCACCUUGUUUAGCAUUGGCCUUUGGUGACUUACACUCCUUCAGGAGGAAGUUAAUGAAAAUCUGCUGGACAUCUGUCAGGUUAUCUGUGUUACAUGUGAUUAUACAGACAAUGAUGUGAUGUUUACAUAAAUUCAUGUUUUAAAAAACAUUUUUUACUGGUCUCAUGUUAUAGUUUUGAAGUUUGCAUUAGCUGUAAACCACAAUUAUCUAAAUAAACAGAGAUGAGAUGUUGAAAAAAAUUACUGUGUAUAAUGAAUCUAUACAACGUAUGAGUUUCACUUUUUUAUUUGAAUAUCUGAAAUAAAUCAACUUUUGAAAUGUAUUCUAAUUUAUUGAGAUACACAUUUUCCUUUUGAAUUUUUACAGUGUGUUGCCGGAUUAUGCAGUGUUACAUUAAGGAUAAAGACCAUUCUAAAUGUGCCAAAUAUAUUUUACAGAUUUUGUCCUCUGGUUUUGUUUGCAUUGUGUGAAUAACAAUGAGUAUGCAACUGAAAUGCAACAGAAACUAUUUAUACCAUGCUCCAGUUCAAACGUGAGUACAAGUUACAGGAACGUAUACAUGUCUGUGCACUGUAUCUAAAAGUAUUAUUUCUGUUUUGAUACAUUGUGGCAUUUUAACCAUUUAUUGUGUAAUGCAGGAUUAAAUUAUUUCUUUGGAAAAAGUGUUCAAAGUGUCAAAACUUUCAAAAGGGAUCCAACUACCAGGAGUGCAUGUUGUUGAAUUGAAAAGAACUCAGAUGAAUCCAGAACAUCAGCAACUCCAUUUUCACUCAAAAAUAAAGCUGGACAUUUUGGUCUCAAAUCGCUAAAAAUAUUCCUUUAUCGUUCCUCAUCCUUUAGUCUCAUUGAACCAUUUGAUGGGAUGAAUAUUGAAAAAGAAAAUAUCAUACAAUUAACUCUUCUCUUUAUGAAGAGUUAACAGUCUUUUUCUGUUCAAUUCACCUCAAUUCAAAUAAAUCUUUUGUCUCAAGUAGUUUUCCAAAACUAGACACCCUAUAUACUGGAUCUAUAACACUGUAAAAAGAUAAAAAGAUCAUAGAAAACACAACUGGAUAAAAAUAGAAAAUGUUUAGCAUAUAGCAUAUAUGUCUUAUUUUGCUGUAUCAUUUCCAGCAAGGGUCUCUGAUAAUGAUAAGCACUCUGUCCUUCAGGUAUCUGAAACAUAUUGAUAAUAUUUUAGCUUAGAAAUGUUAUGUUUUUGGGUUAAACAACCAUUAGAAAGACUACUUAUUGAGUCCAGUAAACAAUCACUCACAAAAGGUCUGUGCUAGAGAAGCAUGUCCAAUUAAUGGAAGGUUAGGUGAAAGGAAAAAGUGUGCUAAUACUUGAACAAACAACAGGGACAAUCACAAACUUCAGAAAAUUGAAAAACA